AUGAAGUUUAACUUUGCCUCAGUUACAUUAUUUUUCACUGCUGCUGUUUCCACAGUUUCUGCUUUGCCUGCUGCUUCAGCUCCAUUGGAAUUGACUCCAAGAGAAUUUGACAUUGCCAACAAUGCCCUUUACAACUUGGAACACUACAACACCAAAAGAUCCAUUUUGACUGAAGCUGAUGUUGUCAAGAGAGAAUCACAAAUCGUCACUGAUAUCUUGGCAAUUGUUAAGGACACAAACUUGGCUCCAGGUGUCAUUGAAUACCUUAUCUCCGACCCAACUUUGUCAAACAUCACCAUUAAUGUCGUUGUUUCUGCUAUCAAGAACGGUUGGAUUAACUUGGACACCUUGUUGAAAUCAUUGAACGACUCUGGAUUGGCUGUUGAUGUUAUCCAAGACCUUAUCAACGAUUGUGCCUUCUACGCUCAAAUCUUCAAAUUGGUUGGGCAAUGGCUCGAAAACUUGCCAAACAUUAUUGCUAACUUGUUGGGUCUUAACGCUGCUGCCGUUUCUUCUGCUGUUGACAAGAGACAAAUUGCCCCAAUGGGAGUUGAAUACACUGCCCCAGUUUACGCUAGAGACACUCAAGACAUUCUUACUUCAUUGAUGGAAUCAUUAAAGAACUCUGGAUUGGCUAACCAAGUUGUUGAAGCUUUGGUUGUUGAUGAUGACUUCUACACUUUUGGUGGUGAAUUGAUUUCUCGUUUGUUCUCAUCUGGUGCCAUCACUAUUGGUCAAUUGAUUGAUGCUUUGGUCGACUCUGGUUUGAUCCCAUCACUUAUCAAAGCUUUCUUGAACAUUGAUACCCUUAAAUCCGUUGUUGUUAAUGCUUUGGCUGCUGCUUUUGGUAACUGUAAAGACACUACAUCCACCUCGUCAAUUGCCACUACCCCAACUGGUGGAGCUGCUCCAACUAUCACUACUGGUUCUGCUGAUCUUAGUUCACUUCUCAGUGGUACUUCAUUCAGCACAGUCACUACCACCAGCUCCCCAAGCAAAUGUAAAAAGAAGAGAUCAACUUAA